UAAAGCUGUACAAUUGUGAGGAAUAAUGUGAAAUUAUUUCAAACAAUUGAAAUAUUCUUUAAUAUAAGUUCUAACCUUUUUAGACAAGUGGCUAAUUAGAUUGAGUAACAAGAUGCCGUUUGAAAUUAAUGAGAAAAUAUCCAUAGCUGUCAUCGAUACUUCCGAAGAAACAGAAUUUUGCAAUUCUAUUGAAGAAAUAAGGAGAUGUCCUAACCAAGACACGAUAAAUACGUCAUGGGAACGUAGUUUUGCACUACAUGAAAGCAAAGUAAGAAAUAUUAACAAAACGCCUCCUUUUGAGAGCAUCAUGGUUACUGACGACCCCAGUCCGGAUAAGGGUAAUACAUCGACAAGUUCUACUCAGACUGAACCAUAUUUAUCUUUGCCAGUUAAUUGCAGUUUUGUUGACGUAAGUCUUUCAUUUAGUAAGGACUUCAAUAUACAAGACUCAACUUCGAAUGAGAAUUCCGAACAGUGUUUGGGAAGUAAACGUUAUAGACGCGAUUCAAGUGACGCAGAUCACAAGGAGUUGCGUCCUUGGAAGAAGAAAUGCACGGAUUCUUGUUCGUCCAGCACUUCAGAUUUAUCUGAGCCAAAACUGACCCUCGGGCCAUCUGGUUCCUCAUGCCUGUCCAGUAAUUCUGAAGCUUCGUUUAAAUCUAUCAAUAGCAACCAUUCUUAUAAAAUAAGAAAAAGACGUCUGAAAUCGGAAUCGAAUCUAAUAAGAGACGCGCUGCAGAGAGCUCGGAAGAGCACCAACUUUAAUAAACACAAUUAUUCUGAAACCAGUACGGCAGGUGGGACACCUCGCAAGGAAAGGAGUUACCGCCGGAGCAGCAAGCCAGCGUGGAGGAUCGUUGAUCUAUGCGCGUGGAUCGGCAGAAAGGUAUUCUUUUAUGUCCUUUUAUAUCAGGGCUACCAAUCAAUUACUGGCCUCUACUCCGACAUACUUCGUGAGCCGUUAGUGCAUAAAGAAAAUGAUGACAGCUCCGAGUUGAAAGAGCUCAGGAAGUUUUUGGAGGAAGUGGACAAGAAACAAGAACGACUGGCGCAGGAGAAUGAGACUUUAAAGGAAGGAAUGAAGAAAAUGAUGACUAAAAUCGAACAACUCGAGGGUAAGCUCAGAGUUCACGAGAGUCCAUCAAAACCUCAGGUCUGUCCACCUCCGCCGCCACCGCCUCCACCUCCUCCACCACCACCGCCGCCGCCUCCCCUGCCCUCCACUAAGCUACCGAUACGCGCGCACACUAUACCGCGGUGUGGAUCCGCGCCACCGAGGAUAGCUGGGCCCCGGCUCACAAUAACGCCGCAAGAUAUCGCUAAUGUCAAGCUAAGGAAAACUAAGGACAACCCUGUGCGCACGAAACCUGUACCAAAGGAUGGGCCUCUACCUUUAGUGACGCAACAAAUGCUUAAGACAACGAGGGCUAAACUAGGACGAGCUCGGCCUGUCGCAGCGUCCACCCCUAAGCAACAACUUACUGAAUUGGAGAAGUGUCUGCUGCAGGAAACUACGGUGACUUCCCUAUAUCGAAGAAGAGUGGCUCGCAAUACUUUCCGCAGCGCAGAAGAGCUAAGGCCUCGUCCUUACCCCGCAGCUCGGUGUUCUCGAUCGCCACUCUCACCCCGUUCCCCACGAGCCAACUCACUACCACGAGUCAAACCGAUGUCACCUCUCAAGUUCCCGAAUGGAAUUAGCCCUGAUGAUACUAAAAUAAAUAGUAAUAAUUACUAGACAUAUUGAUUGCAGACUAGACUGAAAGUAGGUGGAUGUUUAUGUUACAGUGAGUUACGCUUAAACUUUUUUAUAUUUCUAUUGAAAGGUUCAACAAUGAGAACACUCAGUCAUAUAACUUUUACUUUUUUUAUAUUUAUGGUAGUAAAUAAUUAUUUUACGGACCAGAGAAUCGGAAUAAAUAAUUUAUUUGAUCGCUAUUAUUUUUAUACAUAUUGUAUCUCUACUUUUCCUUCAAUUAUGUGACUUAUUUGAAUCGCAGGCGCAUUCUUUUUUAAUUGAAUUAAAGUAGAGACAUGGCGAUAGUAAAUGUUUGAUAUUUUUAGUUAGUGCUUAUAUUCGAUUAAGAUUCAAUCUUUUUGAUUGGUCUAAAAAUGAUCAUACAAAUAUUUAUUGUAUGAAUACUAUUACAUAUUUUA